AUGAGUUAUCAUAAUAAUCUAUCUAAAGAUUAUUAUAGAUAUUACCAAACUACAGAAGGUUCAGUUGAUGAAGAAAAAUCAUUUGAUGACAAGGAGUUUUUGUAUAAGGCUGCUAUCUAUUUUGCUAUUACUGAAGAAACAUCUGAACAAACAGAACCUAAUAGAAAUGAUAUAUAA